AUGGCUAAUCAAACCGUGUUUCUCUGUGAUUUGGUGGCAGGAUGUUCUUCUUCGAGGUUGAAGUCCAGCUUCUCUAUUUCUUGGAUGCAAGAAACGUUCGUCGCGGUGUCCACUCUCAUGCCGGCAAUUUAUGGUUGUCAACACCUUUUGUGGUCGCUUUUCCCUGAUGAGUCUUCUUUCUCCAGUCCAUUAAUUAGAUCAACAUAUGGGAUUAAACAGUAUGUUGUCGACAAAACUGUGCUGAGCUGCCAAAGACAUACCGGUUUGUUGUCUACGCUACGCGUUGUUCCAAUGGACCUUCAAUGCUAUGUGGACAACGAUGAAAUUUGGCUGCAUGAAGCAGCUUCUACCAGUGACCGACAAAUACAACCUACUCUGCAGUCACUGAUCCAGAGAUGUUAUCCAGAAUUUGAAAACUUCUUUGUUAUGUGCUUACAGACGGAAGCAGGAGCAGAAGAUCCCGUCAACCAAAAUAACAGAGCUUCAUUUCUCAGUAAUGCCUAG